UGUAGCUCUUAGGAUUCAGGAAUGCGACCAGAGCUGCCAGUGGUGCAUGGAAGACUAGCCCCGUGACAGGACGCACAGGAUAGCCUUCGGAAGGCCGCUUCAGGCGAAGCUGGUUCGCGAUCGGAUUUAAACGAAGCUAUUUUGGGCGUGUCAAUAAUAAAUUGCUUGAUCGAACGCCAAUAAUCUGAUGGUCUUGCCGUGUGGUGGCUCGUCGUUGGCUCCGCGACAUCCUCGAUGACGACGAAACUAUGUUACCGCUGUGGCGAACAAACCCUCGCGAUACCUUUGGCGAACUCGACCUCGUAGUAGCAUUCGUCCUGAAUUCUGUCGCAGCCCGCCUUACCCGUUAGUCCCACUUCUUAGCUGUCGCCUAUAGUCUCCUCACCUUAGUUCCCCUCGUUGUACCCAUUAUAGUCGCCCCGAUUCAUGAGGAUUGAUGCUAUUGGGCCCUAAGACAGUCGCCUAAUCCUUUUUACUAGCAGCAGCAGCAGCAGCAGCAGCAGCAGCAGCACCAGUUUUAGCAGCACUAGCAGACUUUCCGCCAAGAGAAUUGAACGCGCCAGCAUGGCUGGUGACGGCGGCGGCGGAGCCGGAGGCGCGGGAAGGCGCGGGUCCGCGCUGGCACAGGAGCUGCUGCUGUACGUGUGCAGCGCGGGGAUCAGCGCGCUCGUGCUCAUGUUCACUUUCCGCCAGCUCGACCCCAACCGCGCGCAGGCGAAGAUCGCCGCGCAGCGGAAGAAGGAGAUCGCCAAGAGGUUGGGCCGGCCGUACAUCCAGACCAACGCGUAUGAGGACGUGAUAGCGAACGACGUGAUCAACCCGCAGAACAUAGACGUCACCUUUGAUUCCGUGGGCGGCUUGCACCACGUGAAGCAGUCGCUGCACGACCUCGUCAUCCUCCCUCUGCAGCGACCAGAGCUCUUUGCCCAAGGCAAAUUGCUGCGGCCUCAGAAGGGAGUGCUGCUGUACGGCCCACCAGGCACGGGCAAGACGCUCCUAGCAAAGGCGAUUGCCAAGGAGUGCAGAGCGGUGUUCAUCAAUGUGCGGAUUGCCAACCUCAUGAGCAAGUGGUUCGGGGAUGCUCAGAAGCUAGUCACAGCAGUUUUCACUCUAGCUCACAAGCUCCAGCCGGCCAUCAUAUUCAUCGACGAGGUCGACUCCUUUUUGGGGCAGCGGCGGCAGACGGAGCACGAGGCGGUUACCAACAUGAAGACGGAGUUCAUGUCGCUGUGGGACGGAUUCAGCACGGAUGACACGGCGCGCGUGAUGGUGCUGGCAGCCACCAACCGGCCGUGGGAGUUGGACGAGGCAAUUCUGAGGCGCCUGCCCCGGCACUUUGAGAUCCCCCUGCCGGACCUGGUUGGCAGAACCAGCAUUCUGAAUGUGAUUCUGCGGGACGAGGAUGUGGAUGAGGACUUGGACCUCAAGGAAAUCGCCGCCCUGUGCGCGGGCUACAGUGGGUCGGACCUCACCGAGCUGUGCAAGCAGGCGGCGUACCUCCCCCUGCACGACUUCCUGGAGGACGAGAGGAGGGCGCUGGUGGGCGACGGGAAGGAACCAACGUCUCAACGCCCACUUUCCCGGGCAGACUUUCUCCGAGUUCUGAGCGAGUCCCGCCCAUCUAAAGACGCGGCGUUUGACUAUCUGCGCAAGCGCAGUGGAAGCAGUGCCAGCCUGCCGCACCUGGGGGAAGACCCCAACACUUCUGCCGCCUUCCCAUCGUACCCGUAUGGAGGUUCCCGCACCCCUCCCACUGCCUUCGGUGCUCCCACUCCCCCUACGGCUGCCCCGCAAUCAGCGCAGCACGCAGAUCUGCUUCGGCUGCUAUUCCAGGCAGCGGUGGCGUCAGCGUUGCAGCCGCAGCCACAGCCACAGCCACAGGGGGUGCAGCCACAGGGAGGGGAGCAGCAAGCUAUGCAGCAGCAACGAGGUGGGCAACAAGUGUUGCAGCCACAAGUUGGGCAGCAGGAAACGAUGCACAUGCACCCAUGUGAAGGGGAUUCGGGCUCUGGUGAUAGCGCUGCUGGCAAUGGUGGUGCUACUUCUGGUGCUGCUGUUGAGGGUGCUGGUAGUGGUUCCACGGGUGGGGAGAAUGGUACAGUGAACAAUAAUGACGAUGCGGAUGCUGGUGUUGGUGUUGGUGGCGUGAAUGGUGAUUUGCAUGAUGGUGGUGGCAGUGGUGCGAGCGGCGCUAGCAGUUGAAGUGUUUUUCGCUAAACAGCUCGUUUAUUUCUGGUAGUAGUUGAUUGAUGGGAUUAAUCAAAUUAAAAAUAACUUGAACCAUCUAGCAAAACUCAUAAUAGAAGUAAAACCAAUGUGGAGAC